CGCGACCCCGCCCCGCCCCUGGUCACGUACUCCGGGCAGAGCCGCUAGCAUAGCGACGGCGCUGAGCGACGCCUGAGCGCCUGCGCAGUGUGGGCUGCGGGGGCAAUGGCGGCUCCAUGGCUGAGCUGCUGGGAGGCGCCGGCGCGAGCGCUGCGGGGCCUGGCCGGGCUGGGCCGGGACUUCGCGGCCGAGUGGGAGGCGCAGGACCUGCGCGCGGCGCUCUUCCAGCUGCUGCUGCUCUGGCUCGGCCUCAGCCUCGUGGCCAUCCAGCUCGCCUGGCGCGUCUACGGCGGCGCUGUCACCGCGCUCUGCUGCCGCCCAGGCAUGGGAGGCCAGAAUGGAGGGACCCCAGAUGGCUCCUCACAUUUCCCUGCCUGGGAAAGUUCAAGCACCGAGCCUGUGAAAACACACCGAGAGUGAUGAAUGGAUGAGCUGGCAGAGUGUGCUUCUGCCACUCCAGGCAUGUCUGGAAUGGCGCCCACAGUCCCUGACACUGUUUUCAGGCCUCCAGAGAGACUCGGGGAAUUGGCCUUGCUUCUUCACUGCUUUGGAGACUGCAGCCAUCUACUCCCUUUCACUGAGCUCUGAUGGCACUGGUAACCUGCGUGCACAGCUGCACAGAGUACUGUGAGAACUCAUCUAGGAUGGACUUUCACCUGCCUUGUCUUUGGGCAGGAGGUGCUAUUUUCUGUUCAUUCACUACUAAUAGUAUUUGCAUUGGCCCCAUGUAGUGGAUCUUGGCUCCUGCACCAAAGCAGGAAACUUACCAGGCCUCCACAGCAGCAUUCAGUGUUAUGCCUCGUUCUUGCCCUGAUAGCCUCAGUUUAAACCCUUCCCCAUACCUAGUGAAAGUGCUGUGAGUCUCUUCACCCUGCCCCCAGCAUCCCAACUUCUGUCUGCUCAAAUACUUCCUGCUGCUUUGGCAUUUCCUGUGUUCCUUAAUGAGAAAUUGUCUGACCAGGUCCCUUUUCCCUCCACUGCCAUGGGAUGAACUGUGCAUGCCUUCUGUGCCAAGGUGGUGUGUUGUCCUGCCUCACCUGCCAUGUUCCCUGACAUCACCUAAACACCAUAAAAAGCUUGAGACUUCUCUGUGGUCCAUCUGCUCCUCCUUAAUGGAGCAGGGCACUCUUGGAUGACCAGGGCUCCUGGCUAAGUACAGGCUGUUGAAGGGGAAAAAAGAGCAGGCUAGCAGGAUACAUUUGUCCAAGCCUGCCUAGUUACCUAAAAUAGCUAGUUAUUUAGCCAUAAAGAGCUGCUACACUUACCUGUCUUCGAGUAGGGGGUUGGCAACAGUUCCACGUUCUGUUGCCCUACUUUAGCACCACUAGCUGGCUAAUGCAUACUUGAGUGUAGCUCUGGGAAUGCAAGAGGUGGUGGUGACUUCAGCUUCUAUACAGCCCCUCAACUGCUUUCCCUCUGUUCUGGUACCCUGCAAGUUCUGCCCUGCAGCUGGUGAUCCCACUUGUGCUUAGAGCCAGCUUCUGUAGAGUGAGUCAAGAUGCCAUCUAGUGGGUGACUUGAGGAUGUACUGGCUCCUGAGUAAGGGUCUGGUAACGUUUCCUUGCCACAUCACCCAGAAGAGGGCACCAUCCUGGUUUUCUCCAGGCCAGGAGCAGUGAGUGACUCUGUAGGCCCCACUGGAAGACCUUGCCAUGGAACACAGCAUCCUGGAGCCCAGGUCAGAACUGUAACCAUAGGUGUCUUCAGCCACUUCCUAACCCCUGAUAGCUGGUGACUGCCUGUGCCUUCUGUGUGGCUCCUCUGACCCUGGCUCUUUCCUACCCAUGUAAGUACAUAGGCUUCUGACUGGAACUGUGCUGGUACCUUGUGCCAUAGAGCAUUGGUGGAUUAAAGCCUUUUUGGUUUGA